GAAGUGAAUACAGCCAGGGCCUGAGCAUCAACUGUGAAGUGAAAGGAGCAGGUUAGAGCACAGAGAACAGGGCAGCUGUGCUAAGGAAGUGCUAGCUAGCUAACGUCAUCACUGGCUGUGCUCUCCGCAGCAGAGAGAGAAACAAAGAGUGACAGAAAGCGAACAAAACUGCAGAGCCUGCCACACAGAUAUACCAGGUGUCCUUCACUUACCCCCCUACUCACCCUACUCAGACCCACUACAAUGACAGACGAAAGGGAACCCUGGAGAGGAAGUGGAGGACCUGAUGAGGACGAGCUACCGCAGAUGGAUGGGUCAUGUGAUGCGUGUGAACCUGAUGAGGCCCAGCCGGCGACCCAGGUGUGUCACACCUGCAGCUUCGCCUUCUGCCCUGCCCAUGCCGAGAAACACGCCUGCAGCACGCGACACCAGCUGAUGCCCUACGGCCAGGAAGUGUUGCAGCCCCAGUCCCAACGGCUGGGCAGGGACAGAUACACAAGGGAGGGGGCAGGGGAGGAAAGGGUACAGGGAAUGAGGCCUGCGGCAGAGCCAGGAGUGGUGGAAAAUGGGGCAUGUGGUGGGGCUGGGAUACAAGAGAACGGUGUGUGUGGAGGAGAGAGAGACCAGGGGAAGGGGAAGGUUGAUGAUGAAGAGGCAUUGGCGGCUCUAGAGGGGGUUAGUAAGAGGGACACAGUGACAGUGGAGAGGCUGCGCUGUAAGGAGCAUGGCCAGGAGGGCACUCUCUAUUGCAAGGCUGACGAGAAGGUAAUCUGUGUGGUGUGUGCCGUGCAGGGGGAGCACCGCGAACAUGAGAUCAUCACCCUGCGCGAGGCCUACGUCUGGCAGAAGAGCAGGGAGGGUUACGACCUGCUGGGAUGCACACAGAACAUGGCUGACCACAUCAAGACCAAGUGGACCAACCCUGAGAUGUCUACAGAGCAGUUGGAGGCGUAUGUUAACAGUCAGUUUGAUGACCUCUACCGGCUGGUUCGUCUGGAGGAGAAGAGGACCCUCCACCUGGUCGACCUGAAGGAAGCCUUCCUGACUGCCGCCGCCGCUGAGAAUAUCGCUGAGAUCACCAUCCACACCAAGCGGCUCCAGGAGGAGAUGGCCUGCAUCACACAGCAAUUGGGCCAGCUGGACCAGGCUGGGGCACAGCCUGGGGCCACAUUAACAGCCCUAGCCCAGGGAGGAGCACCUGGACCGAGCCCCAGACCAGCGCAGCGCAACAUUGAGGCCAGGCCAAGACUCCCUGAGCCGAGACGAGACCCCAGGGACUACGGAGAGGGCAGGUCCGGAUCCUCAAUGGGACACGCCCCCUGACAAAUCACCUCCCACACCUCUCUCUCCUCCUACCUCUCUCCAGGAGACCAACACUAGAGAGAGUCUCCUUUCCUCUGCAUGUCUGCUGACGUUGGAGUGACCUUGAAGAAGGCUGCUGGUGGUGUAACAAAAUGGGUCUUAUUGCUUUCAGAACUUUUAAAACUAGAAUAACUAUUUUAAUUGAGGAGCAUGAUAUCCAUGCAAUCAAUUUCCGUCAGGCUCAGUUUUCACACCCAAUCAGAUCCUUGGCUGGUGAGCUUGGCUUAGAGAGGACUGUGGGUAGGAAAGCAUAGCAGCUGAGUGCCUGCUAAAACCCAACUGAAUAGAACAUGAAAUCCUGAAUGUGACACGCUGUGCUUUACUUUAAUUUCUUCUGUAUAUUUUGAUUUGACAAGCAGCGUUGAAAAUAGAAAAGUUGACUGGUGACAGGACUUAGAUCAGAGGAGGAAUAUAGAAUGUACAGGACAAGGUGGGUGUUCCUGUUUUAUACUCUAAAGGGAAAUGUAUUACAGGUGUCUCCAAAAUCUUCCUUGAUGUAUAAACACAACCUAGCACUCACCUCUCAUCUCCUCUCCUCUUCUUCUUCUACAAAUUCCCCCCACUCCCUCCUCUUGUGUGUGUGUUUGUCAGAUCAAUCAGAUGAAGCAUUGACACAUAAUUAAUUUGUGAGAGCCUCGGAGUACAUGCUAGGUGAAAAUCAAAGUGUAUUUUGCCUGUAUGUAAUAUUCCUCUGUGCAGUGUCAGCAUUCUCUAAUACCAUGCCUCAUUACCCGAGACAAUCUGCACAGACAGUACAGUCCUGACUCCUGAUGACUAACUUCACGCAGUACUGUCUUACUCCAUCAUGUCUUUCCAUAUUCACAUACAGAGGGUGUGUGUGUUUGUGUUUUGUUUGUGAUGUGAUCUAGAGACAAGUCUUAAUGUGAAAGGAGAAGGUGACCUUUGACCUAAUCAAUAUGACUUGAGUUGUGAACAAGACUCAGCCCUACCCAAUGGGAUCAUGUUAUUUUGUAGCAGUCAUAUAAUGAUUUCCAGAAAAAGAUGCAUUGAUUGUUUCUGUUCAGCAAUAAUGGUAAGAGUAAAGAGGGUGAAAGGAAAAUAGUCAAGACAUUAAAAUGUUUUAACUUUUGUUGUUGCCUUAAAUUAAUGAAAAAAUGAAAUGACAGAUAAUGGUUUCAGAAGCCUAUUGUCUCCGUUAGUAAUGUGUUACGCAAGCUGAGUCCUGUGAAGAGGUGUCUUCCAGUCCCAUAUCAAUCAAUCAAAUUGUAUUUAUAUAGUCCUUCGUACAUCAGCUGAUAUCAAUCAACUGUAUUUAUAAAGCCCUUUUUAGCUCAUGUCUGUAUAGAAACAAAGUAGAAUCUCAAUUCAAUGGCUCAGACACAAGAGGUAUGUGGCAGGGUCUACAGUCAAUCACGGAUUACAAAAAGACAACCAGCCCCAUCACGUACCAGGUUGUCUUACUCCCAGGCAGACUAAAUUACUUUUUUGGCCGCUUUGAGGACAAUACAGUGCCACUGACACGGCCUGCAACCAAAACAUGCGGCCUCUCUUUCACUGCAGCCGAUUUAAACGUGUUAACCCUCGCAAGGCUGCAGGCUCAGACGGCAUCCCCAGCCGCGCCCUCAGAGCAUGCGCAGACCAGCUGGCUGGUGUGUUUACGGACAUAUUCAAUCAAUCCCUAUCCCAGUCUGCUGUUCCCACAUGCUUCAAGAGGGCCACUGUCACGCCUUGGUCAUUGUAUUUUGUGUUUUUGGUAUAUGUUUGGGUAGGCCAGGGUGUGACAUGGGUUUAUAUGUUGUGUUUCGUAUUGGGGUUUGUAUUAAUUGGGAUUGUGUAUGAUUAGGGGUGUGUCUAGUUAGGCUUGGCUGCCUGAAGCGAUUCUCAAUUGGAGUCAGGUGAUUGUUGUCUCGGAUUGGGAACCGUAUUUAGAUAGCCUGAGUGCGCUUUGUAUUUUGUGGGUGUUUGUUCCUGUCUCUGUGUUGUAGUCACCAGAUAGGCUGUAAUUAGUUUCACGUUUCGUUUGUUGUUUUCUUAUAUCAGUUAUUUCAUGUACCGUUUUCAUUUAUUAAAGUCAUGAGUAACCUACACGCUG